CAUCACUUCAUCCACUUCUACCUCUACAGACUCCAGUGGCUUCACUUUCCUACACAUAUUUUCUGCCAUUUUAUUUUUUCACGAUGAUUCAUUUAUCAGUUUUGCACCUGUCAUCAAAACCGCAAUUUGUUCUGAGGCUUUUUUACAAGAGAAGGCUGAUUCCUGCCUUUGUCUGCUAAAGUUUUCAGAAACAUAUGUUUUUAGUUUUUGUUACCAAGGAGAAUUUUUGGCCUUAAAGUGUUUCCUCUACUUUUGUAUAGACUUUUUUUCUGCUGUUAGUUAUUAUCACAUAGCCUAGCUGUUUCUUUUUUUCAGUUCAUUUUUCUACCUCUGUCUUACUGUGCCUCUCUUUCCUUUCUGGCAGAUACACCUGUAUGACAUCAUUUUACUUUACUAUCUCAGGUGUUUUUCCUGUUUUCUUUAUGGGCACAAACUGAGAAUACACAACAGUUUUCCUCUGUUUUAAUCCUAUCUUUUUCUAUUGCUAAAAUUGUACCAUCCCUGUCAAGGGCAAAGCACAAAUCAAGCGUUGCUGCCAAACAGAAUCCCACUGAGCUGUCUUAGUGUUUUCCUUUUUUGUCACAUCAUGUGGUCUACCUUUUUUGUGACCGACGAGGAGGGUCGCACGGUGGGUCCGGCCGCGCCAGGAACGGUGGUUGCACCAGGAGGAGCACCCCAGGCUGCCGGAGGUCUGGCUGGCCUCAUGACUGGACGCAGUACCUUUGGAGGGAACAAGCGCCGCAGGACGACGUCAACGGGACACACCAUGAGCGAGGCCCAGGAAGGAAAGAUCAAGUUGGCAUUCUUCGUGGCCAUCGUGGGCGUAGUCCUGACAGUCCUUGGUGUGGGGACAGAGUUCUGGGUGGAGCUGGCAGCUCCUAAGAGUUUCUACAACAACCAG